AGUAUCACGUCCAAGCUCUUUUUCUUUUUUUCUUCCUAGCUCAAACAAUGUCCCAACAUUUAUUUUUGCAAUCAUGCUUCAUUCAUUAGUUUAUCACAUGGGGUUUGUUAGACAAAAAUGGCCCAAUUGUCCGGCGGCUCCGAGUAUUUCGCUGACUUCCUCGACUGACAGCGGAGAAGAGACACCGGACACCACGAGCUCCCCGACUCAGCCUCGACCCGAGGCCGACCUGCUCUCCCGGGUGGCGCCACGGAUCAUGUUCUAGCGUCCGCCUGCUGCACAGCGAGGACAUGGCGGUCCAAACCCCGCGGGCUCUGGUCUCCUGCGCGUCCCUCCUGUGGUUGGCGAGGGCGGCCGGCGGGAUACCGUUCCCCGCGCAGAGGGACCUGCUGAUGCGGCAGGAGGUGUCCAGGCAGAUGGGAGGCGGCGUGACGCUGACGGCGGCCGAGCAGAAGCUGGACGCUGACCUCCGUCGCUUAAAGGAGCGAGAGAUGUCCGCCGCGCGGUUCCCGCCGGCCCUCCACUUCUUCAAGGCCAGGCCUCUCAUCCAGCAGAGCCCGGUCUUCAAACUGCUGCAGAAGAUGCCCAAAGGCGCCGCGCUGCACGUCCACACCUCCUCGCUGGUCGGCGUGGAGUGGCUGGUGAAGAACGUCACCUACAGGCCCCACUGCCACAUCUGCUUCACCUGGGACAACUCGGUCCGCUUCCUCUUCUCCGAGCGCCGGCCGUUCCCUCGGUGGGACUGCUUCUACUGGCAGCUGCUCGGGACCCUGAGGGCCCGGAUAGGAGACACCUCGGGCUUCGAUAACAGUUUAAUGCAGCACCUCACGCUGUUCACCGAGGAUCCGGACGGCGAGUACCCGAGCCAGGAGGUGGUGUGGGAGAAGUUUGAGAAGGUCUUCAUCGCGGCCGCCGGCCUGAUCACCCACGCUCCCGUGCUGAGGGACUACUUCUACCGGGGCUUAGAGGAGCUCCUCCAGGACAACGUCAUGUACCUGGAACUCAGGAGCGGCCUCUCGAAGACGUAUGAGCUGGAUGGGACCGUUCAUGACACGGCCUGGACCCUCAGAACCUUCCAAGAGGUCACACGGAAGUUCGUAUCGGAUCAUCCGGACUUUCUCGGGGCUCGUGUCAUAUUUUCUGUGCACAGGGCUCUGAGUGUCUCCGAGGUCAAAGCAGCUGUGAAAGAAGCCAUUCAGUUGCAAACGGACUUCCCAGACGUGGUGGCAGGAUUCGACAUGGUCGGCAGGGAGGACGGCGGCCGCAGUCUUUGGUUCUUCAGGGACGCCCUUUCUCUGCCCGCUGAACUCGGGGUCACGCUGCCGUAUUUCUUUCACGCGGGGGAAACAGAUGACGACGGCACCGACGUGGAUCAGAACGUCCUCGACGCGCUCCUGUUCAACACCACGCGCAUCGGGCACGGCUACGCUCUGGCGCACCACCCGCUCGCCAAAGAGCUUUCCAGGAAAAGGAACGUGGCGGUGGAGCUGUGCCCCAUCUCAAACCAGGUGCUGAGGCUGGUCUCAGACCUCCGUAACCACCCGGCGGCUGUGCUGAUGUCCGAGGGUCACCCGAUGGUGAUCAGCUCCGACGACCCGUCUCUGUUCGGCACCACGGGCCUCUCCUACGACUUCUACGAGGCCUUUGUAGGCAUCGGAGGAUUGAAAGCUAACCUGGGCACUCUCAAAGAGCUGGCCCUUAACUCCAUCAGGUUCAGCUCGCUGCCGCCUCAUCUGAAGGACAAAGGACUCGUCAUGUGGCAGAAAAAAUGGGACGCCUUCAUCUUCCACCAUUCAUGACAACCAGACCGAAUUCUCUCCCACAUGAUGGAAAAAGCAAAAGUGUGUAUUUGGCCUUUGUUAAGCAACUACUACGCAGAAAGUGGACUUUAAAGCGGCAUGCUGGGGAGAAAUGAGACGCUCAAACAUCCUGCUCUGCCCUGCGCGGUUCACAGCUGCCCACAGACAAGAAAAAGGGAUUUUUACACACAAAAUCUGCCAUAGAAAAUGUUCACUUUUGACUUUUUUGUAUUCAGAACUUAGGAAAAGGAAGGUGUAACUGUAUUGCAGUUAAUUCUUUGGGGGGAAAAAAUAAAUAUUUAUCAUUUUAUGCCACA